AUGGGCAAGUUUCACUCUUUUGUGAACGUCGUCGCCCUUAGUCUUUCUUUGAGCGGUCGUGUGUUCGGCGCCAUUGGGCCCGUCACCGACUUGACUAUCUCUAACGCCGAUGUUACGCCUGACGGCAUUACUCGUGCUGCUGUCCUCGCGGGCGGCGUCUUCCCCGGGCCCCUCAUUACCGGCAACAAGGGGGAUGAAUUCCAGAUCAAUGUCAUCGACAACCUGACCAACGAGACCAUGUUGAAGUCGACCACAAUCCACUGGCAUGGUAUCUUCCAGGCCGGCACCAACUGGGCAGACGGCGCGGCCUUCGUGAACCAGUGCCCUAUCGCCACGGGAAACUCGUUCUUGUACGACUUCACCGUUCCUGAUCAAGCCGGCACCUUCUGGUACCACAGCCACCUGUCCACUCAGUACUGUGACGGCCUGCGCGGUCCUCUUGUGGUCUACGACCCCGACGAUCCCAACGCGUCUCUUUACGACGUCGAUGACGAUACUACGGUUAUUACGCUUGCGGACUGGUACCACACUGCGGCGAAGCUGGGCCCUGCCUUCCCCGCGGGUCCGGAUAGCGUCUUGAUCAACGGUCUUGGUCGGUUCUCCGGCGAUGGUGGAGGAGCGACAAACCUCACCGUGAUCACCGUCACGCAAGGCAAACGGUACCGCUUCCGCCUUGUGUCGAUCUCGUGCGACCCCAACUUCACGUUCUCGAUCGACGGGCACAACAUGACCAUCAUAGAGGUGGACGGCGUCAACCACGAGGCCUUGGACGUCGACUCCAUUCAGAUUUUUGCGGGGCAGCGGUACUCCUUCAUCCUCAACGCCAACCAGUCCAUCGACAACUACUGGAUCCGCGCGAUCCCCAACACCGGUACCACCGACACCACGGGCGGCGUGAACUCUGCCAUUCUGCGCUACGACACCGCCGAAGAGAUCGAGCCUACGACCAACGCGACCACCUCCGUCAUCCCUCUUACCGAGACGGAUUUGGUCCCGCUUGACAACCCUGCGGCUCCCGGCGACCCCCAGGUUGGCGGUGUUGACCUGGCUAUGAGUCUCGACUUCUCCUUUAACGGUUCCAACUUCUUUAUCAACAACGAGACCUUCGUCCCGCCCACAGUUCCCGUGCUCCUGCAGAUUUUGAGUGGUGCGCAGGACGCGGCGAGCCUGCUCCCCAACGGCAGUGUCUACACACUCCCUUCGAACUCGACCAUUGAGAUCUCGUUCCCCAUCAUCACCACCGACGGUGCUCUGAACGCGCCCGGUGCUCCGCACCCGUUCCAUCUCCACGGCCACACCUUCUCGGUGGUGCGCAGCGCCGGGAGCUCGACCUUCAACUACGCCAACCCAGUCCGCCGGGACACCGUCAGUACUGGUAACUCUGGCGACAACGUCACUAUCCGCUUCACGACCGACAACCCAGGCCCGUGGUUCCUCCACUGCCACAUCGACUUCCACCUGGACGCGGGCUUCGCCAUCGUCUUUGCGGAGGACACUGCGGACACCGCGUCCGCGAAUCCCGUUCCUACGGCGUGGAGCGAUUUGUGCCCCACUUACGAUGCUUUGGACUCGUCCGACCUCUGA